CAACCCCGCACGAAGUGGCACGAGAGCAGUGAACGGAAAUAACGCGCUGCGUGUUAGCUACACACUAGCUUAGCAUAACGUAGCUAGCACCGCGCACCGGACCGAGCGACAAACACAGGGCACGUGACACAGAAAGGGCGCCAUGUGUGAGCGGUCAAAGAUCCACGUCUUCCUGGGGGCUCCUCCCCCCCCCUCUUCUGACCCGGCCUCUGUUUCUGAAGCUGGGGACGAGGAUGGGCCCCCUGCUGGGUGGAGACACCUGGAGCUCACCUGGACAGACAGACGUCUGAGGCCUGUAGCAGCAGGAAGCAGCAGGGACGAGGCUGACGCUGAUCGAGUCCCAGAUGAUCGAACAAACGCUGAUCAGGACCAAGACUCGACUGAAGCGGAUCGGACCAAAGAGACAUCGGGAGGACGAGCACGAACAAACUGCCACUCUAACACGGACCAGAGGAAACCGUGCUCCGAUGAUCACGCAGCUACAUCUGUGAGCCGAGAUGAUGAAUCAGAUCUUGAAAAGGAAGAUGGAUGCUCGGCUUCAGUUCUUGAGUACCUGGACGUCUGUUUCCCUGCAGCUCAGCCUGACCCUCCACAUCGAUGUACGCCCCAGCCGGUGUGCACCAGCACUCAGUACCUCAGCACCUGGACGCUGAGUCAGGCUCUAAUCCUGAGAGGCAGGCGGAGCACCCAAUCAGCAAGCAGCCCUGCCCCUCAAACCCCCCCACAACACGCCCAGAUGCCAGCGUCCGUGUCCUCCAGCACACCGGAGCUCUUCAGCCCCGAGCCAUCGUCGCCUGGAGCCUCUGCCGAGCUCUGCAGUCAAAUCUGCUCAUCCCCAAAAGUGGAGGAGGGGGGCGUGGUCCUCCAGGUCACAGCAGACGGCCUGCUCUGCUCCCAGGACGCUGUGUCCCCGGUCACGUCCCCCACGGUCAAGAAAGCUCGACUCUCUGAAGACACUGGGACGGAGGCGGCAUCGAGCCGCACCACAGCCGGGCACCAAGGUCCCACAACGCCCCUGGUCCGGUGUCACAGACCGGGGGUGCGGUACUCGGUCCUGGUGGCGGUGGUUCAUCCCUGUCACCUGAAGGAGGUCAAGGUGAAGGCGGGGCCGGCGGCGGGUUCCUUCGUCCCUCUGGCGUCCAUCGUGGUGACCGACCAGUCAGGCAUUGAGAUGAAGGUGGUGCUGUGGCGCCGGGCGGCGUUCUGGGCUCUGACUGUGAGUCCUGGAGACGUUCUGCUCAUCACAGGACUCCAGGUGAAUGAAGACAGGUGGAGAGGAGAGACGGUGCUGCAGUCCACCUUCUGCAGUAAGCUGCUGAACCUCGGACACGCCUCCACCUCGCCACCAGCUCUGCAGCUGGUUGAUGCUCGCUCUCUCGGCGCUCUGUGGGGACACCUUCAAGAACACCGCCCUCUGCUGCUGUCUCUGCCUCGCCCCCCCCCUCAGGACCUGACCUGUCUCCCCUACACCACCCUGAGGUCACUGAGGGUCAACACGCUGGUCCACGCCCUGCUGCGAGUCACACGCACACACAUCAGCUCAGGUGAGUCUGUGGGGGGGCUCCCUCUACCUGAGACCAAAGUGUGUGUUGUCCAGAUAUUACAGAUUUUGUGGUGUGUGUGUGUUUGUGUGUGUGUGUCAGAGUGGCGGAGUGAGGCGGAGUCCUGCUGGAGGUCAGCCUCUCAGUCAAAAGCUGUUCUGUCUGUGGAGCAGCCGGACGGCCACCAGGGGACGCUGCUGCUGUGGGGAGCUGCUGUGGGCUGGCUGCCUCGCUUCAACAGAGACAGAGCGGUCGUGUGGGAUUUCCACAUCCUCCUGGUGAGGGAGGGUUUGACCUCUGACCUCCCCGAGCUGCACUCCACCCCCUGGAGCUCGGUCCGGCCCCUGGACCCCGCGGACCGGCGGGCGCACCACUUCCUCCCAGCUCGGAGCAACCAGGCAGGAAGCAGCUGCAGUGUGGAGCUGGACCUGGAGACGCUGCUGUCUCAGAAGUACAGUGGUGACGUGGAGCUCAGAGUCCAGGUCUCCGCCUUCCACUUCCAGGAGGCGCCUUCCUCCCAGAAUGCAUGUGGGCCGGUCCUGGACGGCUCCACGCCGGUGGACCGUGUCCUGGAGGCGCUGAGCGGAGACGUCACCUACGCUGGCUGUGGUCGCUGCUCCGCCGAGCUCGGGACCGACGCUAACGGGAUCUACAGCCCGUGUUACCCCUGCCUGCCCCACACGGCCGUGCGCCGCUUCUACAGGCCAGGUGUGCUGUCUGUGAGUGGGCGGGGCUACGGCCAGGCGUGUGUUCAGGUUCCUCCUGUUCCUCUGGAGAAGAUCCUCAGGGCUCCACCUGAUAAACUGCUCAGGAGCUCAGAACCAGCACCACCAGCCAGGACCACCAUCACAGACAGAUGUGUUGUCUGUGUCUCAGCUCCAGGCUCAGAGGUGAAGCACAUCCAGGUGGCAGCAGACCGGAUCCUCACCCUCGUCUCCCUCCCAAAGGAAACCUUCACCAUCACGGUCCGGAGCCACUUCCUGUGCGAUGAGAACAGCGCCCCCCUCAGGCAGGACCUCACUCUGCUGGACCUGCAGUUCCCCGGUGGACGGGCUGAUCGCGGCAGCCGGAGGACGGAGGAACCUUGAGAACGAUUUCCUCUUUUUAGAUUUUCCAAAACCAAAUGUCACAGAAUGUAAUGAAUGUGUUUUAAUUUAUAUGCUAAUGUUAGCAUAUCCAGCUAACUAACGCUUCUAUUUAAAUGUCUUUCAAAUAUAACAGAGAAAUAAAUAUUGUUUGUUUUUCUUUUAUGAAAUGAAAAUAAAGAUCAAAAUUGUGA